AACUUAUUGACAUCAUCUCGUUCUCUUAUUCUUGUCCAUCUUCAUGGCAUUCUUUUCCAAUCAUUUAUCUUUCUUCUUCCUCCUAAUUACUCUCUUAUCUUCAUUGCAAAUCCAUGCAAGAGACAGCCAAUUCUUCAACAAAAUUCCCACCACCAACAACAACAAUGGCCAUAUUGAAAAAGAGACAAAUGUAGCAAUUCCAAACAAAGAUCAAGAACCAAAUUUCAUGCCUGAUAAUGAAAAAGGCUAUGGUAUUUAUAGUCCAAACAUUAAUAGUCAUGAAAAAGAGUCAAGUCAACUUCCACAAGCUUCCACCAGUGCCAACACCAAUUUGGAACAAUCGUAUAAAACUACCACCACCAAUAGCCUUAUUCCUAACAAGAAGUACCUCCCUAAAAAUUAUAACCCUGUGGCUUAUGUAACUUUCCCUCAGGAUAACACUGAUGAUACCAACUUCAUAGAUAGUGAGUUCACCACCACCAAUAACAACCAAUACUAUAAUAAUGACAUUACUUAUGACAACAACGAUAACAUUAACAAUCAGUAUUAUCAUGGUGACAACACUUACCACCACUACUACAGAGGUGACAGUGCUUAUGACGACUACGACAGCAACAACAAUAACAAUAAUCAGUACUAUAGCAGUAGCAGAACCUAUAACGAUCAAUACCACAAUGGUGGUAGGGCCGCCUCCAAGGCCAUCAAUUACGUUGAACCAUCCCUAAAUAGUGACAGUGGCGAUUACUACAACAACAAUAACAAUCAGCUGCAGGACUUGAGUGAAUCGAGAUUAAUGGACAAUGGCUACACCACCAACCCAACUAACACAAAAAGUUAUCCCUACAAUAACAAUCAACAACAAAUUAACUAUUAUCACUACAAUGGUGGCAAUGGUAACAGGGUGCAGCACCAGAGCAUGAGUUACACAAGGGAUCCAUAUGAAAAUUCAAGAGAAUUUGCAAAUUUCUAUGCUAACAAUGAGUUAAGCAACUACAAUAACAAUUUUGUGAACUAUGAGAAUGAAGAGGAUCAGUUCCAAGAUGAAGAGCACAAGCCUUGA